GGUUUGAAUAUUUAUUGAUAAACAAACAAUAUACAUUAUGCAACCAGCUUCGAGAUUUCGAGUCUCAUUGUCAUAAUAAUUCUCACAACCUGUGAGAGAGAGAGAGAGAGAGAGAGAAGUCACCUGAAGUGUGCAACAAUGGCGGAUCCAUCAGCACCACUAUUAACCCAUAUCGAAGACGAAGGUACUUCUCCAUCUUCGAGUUUCGACAAGAUCUUCGAACAGAGCUUGUCUGGUUUCAGCUUCCCACAAUUCUUACAGAUCAUUAUCGUCGGUCUUGCCUUAUCCUUCGACUCGCAACAGAUAUUCAUCACGGUCUUCACAGAUGCAUACCAGACGUGGCACUGCCUCGACCACACGAUCUGCAAUCCCUCGACCACGGACAUCUGCGAACUUCCUCGGUCAGCCUGGGAAUGGGACGGUGGAUUCAAGGGUAAAUCCGCCAUUUCAGAGUUCGAACUCGAGUGCUCGAGCUCCUUCCUGAGAGGUCUACCUACGUCUUCUUUCUACAUGGGUUCUAUCGUUGGUGGCGUGUUCAUGGCUUUGAUACCAGACAGUUUCUUGGGACGCAAGAAACUUCUUUUCCUCUCCACUCUUGCAAUGUCACUCACUGGAAUCUCAAUCUUCUUCUCCACUAGCAUAUGGACUUACGCUUUCUUGAAAUUCAUUAUCGGAUUCGCGCGUUCACAGACCGGGACUUACGCAAUCAAUCUGAUAAGCGAACGAGUUUCCACCAAAUGGAGACCUAGAGCUACUAUGAUACCUUUUACCCUGUUUGUGCUAGGGUUCAUGUCUCUGUCUGGAAUAGCCUACCUUGUUAGACACGCUUCUUGGAGAGUUCUUUAUCUAUGCACAUCCGUUCCAGCAACUAUCCACAGUGUUUUCAUCUACUUCUUUGCCUUAGAGUCUCCUCGUUGGCUUCAUGUGCAAGGCAAGAACGAAGAAGCCAUUGAAGUGCUCAAAAGACUUUCACCUACAAACAGAGGUUACUUGGAAUCAGUAUCUUCUAGGUUACAUUCAAAAGAACAACCACCAAGCAGCUCCAUCAAAGACUUGUUCAUCAGAAAAUGGGCUUUUCGAAGAAUCGUGGUCGUGAUGAUCAUAAUGUUUGGGUUAGGAAUGAUGUAUUAUGGAGUUCCCUUAGCGGUUAGAGACAUAAAAGUGAACAUCUAUCUAAGCGAAGCACUUAACGCAUUGGUGGAGUUACCUACCUUUGUUAUCACACCAAUAUUGCUAGAGAAAUUCAACAGAAGAAGCUCUGUUCUUGUGAACUGCUUACUCGGAGGAGCAUUAGGUGUGCUCUGUUUCGCCAUGACCUCUUUUGGUAGAACAAACAUUGCUUUUGCACUAGAACUAGGUUCUUUCUUCUGCGCGAGGAUCGGGUUUAACUUGAUGGCAGUUUAUAUGAUUGAGAUGUUCCCUACAUGCGUGAGGAACUUCGCGACAACGAUGCUUAGACAAUCCCUUGUACUUGGAGGUGCUAGUUGUCCUAUCAUUGCUUCUGUUGGAAGAAAUGUGCCCUCCAUCUCCUUUGCGGUUUUCGGGGUUGUAGUGUCGGGUCUCGGGUUAUUCACUUUGCUUCUUCCUGAGACUAAAGGGUCAAGUCUUUGUGAUACAAUGGAUGCACAAGAGCAGAGUGACCAAGCUUUGAAAGACUAGCCUUAGUUGCUGAACAUUAAGCUUCAUCAAUUUUUUUUUUUCUUUAGUGAAUGAUAUUGUAACCGGUCCGAACCGUUUGAUGUUCAGCGUGUUUCAUAUUUGAGUGUAAUAUCUUUAUAAACCUACCGAGAA